AUGCUGGACGUGUACUUUGUUGAAAGAUUGCUCUUAUCGAAAAAAUUUCCGAUUCAUUUUUCAAAUUUCAUCUGCAAGCCUUUUUUUAAUAUUUUCAUUUUAGUUUAGAUCUUUCCAAGCUCAUCACAGUCAGUCGUUAACAAGUUGAGACAAAAAAAUUGAGUAGCUUGAAAAAAAUUCUUUGAUCGAAACUCGAAGUUUUUUUAAAGAAAUUUUUUUAUAAAAAUUACCUUAUAGCUUUAAGUUCUUUUGAAUUUUAAACUUUUUGUGACCCGUUUUAUUUGCAACUUUUUAAUGUGAUCGACUGUGUUCAGCUGGGCAAUAUUGAAUAGAUGAAAAAUUUCUUUUAGUAGAUUUAACUUCAAAAUAUUAGGGUUUUUAGUUUCUUGGGACGGUUUUCAAGAUUCUCCAGUUCUCCAUAGUCCCCAACUAUUAGCAAACGGCAAAAACAUGUAACUUCUUCUGACAAAGAUCUUUGAAGCUCUCAUUUUUUAUGGCUCAUUGCUUUAUUUAGUUCAAAAAAUGAUGAGUCAUUGCUAAAGUGUAGAAGGUUUCGAAAUUCAAUAAGUUUUUAGGUAGAUCAAAAUAUCAAAAGCCUUGCAGUUGAAUCUUGAAAUUAAUUGGAAAUGAAAUAUUUUCACAGUAAACAUUUCAUGACAAAAAAAAUCCAAGCCUUUCAACAUAGAGCAAGUUCAGCAUGUCGUUUCAGAUGACCUUGGGAUCAAGCUGAAGAAAUUCAUGCUCACUUGGCUAAGGAUGAAGCUCAGAGAUUGUGAGUGAACAAAAAAGACCUGAACGACCUUGCAAGACAGUGUGUAUUGACGAGCUUGGCGGUGAAAGUAGCCUCGCUGGACAGGACUCUCACCAGGCCUCAAGCCACCUACCAAAGAGUCGGCCUCAGGCUCCACUGCACUCUGGUGACUGAGGUCGAGGCCUCCGUCUCGGGCUUCACAGCUAGCCUGUGGAGUGUGAGGCCGAGGUCUCCGGCUUGGACCCUUAAGGCCCGGGCUGGGGACUUCGCCUCAGACUACAGAGGCAGGCUGCGGAGCUCCCGACCGUCAACAAACGCCCCAAAAGAAAGUUCGGCAGCGGCCCUGACCCUGCCGGACAAAACCAAGUACAAAAGGGGGAGGAGAAUUCUUUAUUCAAAAUCAUGGUUCAGAGUGUCCGGUUCGAUGCCGCCCUCGGAGUACGACGUCGUCCGGCGUCCAUCCCGUCACAUCGCUCGACCUGAAAACCUCCCCAUUAGCCCCCUUGAUUUCCCUCCCUUUGGUCUUGGAACCCUCCAACCCUGGGGCGUCAUGGACGUUUUCUCCAAAUGA